AUGACAUCUCAAAACCCCGCAGACGACUAGAAAAACGCCAAACAAACUGGCUGUGUUCGUUCGAAGCGAAAGGCUUUAGAAAGGACUGGAGGCACGUACAAUUGGAUUUGUGUACAAUUUCGUCCAGCAGCUGAAGGCUUUUCACCGCUGUGCCAUGGAGUUUCCUGAUCUCGGGGAGCACUGCUCAGAGAAGACCUGCAAACGUCUCGAUUUUCUUCCUAUGAAAUGUGAUGCCUGUGAAGAAAUUUUCUGCAAAGACCACAUAACUUAUGCAAAUCACAAGUGCACUUCAUCAUAUAAGAAGGACGUCCAGGUUCCUGUAUGUCCGUUGUGCAACACCCCCAUUCCCAUUAGAAGAGGGGAAAUGCCAGACAUCAAAGUUGGGGAACACAUAGACAGAGACUGCAAAUCUGACCCUGCUCAGAGGAAACGAAAGAUAUUUACAAAUAAAUGCUCCAAGGGCGGCUGUAAGCAGAAGGAAAUGAUUCGGGUGACAUGUGACCAGUGCCACUUGAACUACUGUCUCAAACAUAGACAUCCACUCGACCAUGACUGUAAGACUGACAGCAAGCCAGUCUCUAAAACAGGGCAUGCUGCUUUAUUGAGGGCUCAAGCCUCCUCUUCUAGUAACUCUGGGGCGUCAUCCACUAGAGGGAGCUCUAGGACCAUGUCUAAUGGAGUAACUGGAAACACUAGACCUCAGAGCAGCAGUACACUUUGGACAUCUCCUGCAUCUCCUCCCAUGGUGUCUCCCACAGCACAGAAUGUAAUUCCCUCAUCAGUGUCAUAUCAAGGCGGGCUGACGGAGGAGCAGGCCCUCCAGAGAGCAUUAGAAAUGUCACUGGCUGAAUCUGCUCGAACAAGCCAGCCUACUCUAAGUCCUCAGGAGCAGGAGGAUCUGGCCAUGGCUCAGGCCCUCGCUGCUAGUGAGGAAGAAUACAGGCGACAGCAGCAGAGACAGGUAGCCAGAAACCCUUACAGUCAGUAGCAUAGCAUGCUAUGCUAACAGGACCUCAUCUAGGGAGGCGUUUCAAAACAGUCCAGCUGCUGCCUGUCUUAAUGUGAGGUGGCACUGACCAACUUUAAUCUGCCUCAAUCUGCACAUAAGCACCAAUAAUGUACCAGUGAGCUGCACAUGUGGAUUCCUCAGUCCAGCAUAUAAAGCUUCUACUUUCCAAAUCAACACAUCUGAAGGCUGUUAUGUUGUCAAAGUUUUUCUGUUUUGCGUCACUCUUUAGCGUGCUUCUUAGACAGGCAAUUGUGCCGUUUUGGCAAGAGGUGCUUCAUGUAAAUAUUUUAUAUAGUUAUCAUGUUAAUCUGUCAAUCAGUGUAGAUGUCUUUUGAAAUAAAUUAUUUUAAAGUG